UCUCUGUCUCUGUCUCUGUCUCUGUGUGUGUCUGUUCAAUAAAACAUUAUAGGAGCUUUAUUGGCUUGGGAAACAUGUUUACAUGAGAAAAAACAACAGUGAAAAAACAACAACAAUCAGACAGUAACAGUAAACAUUACACACACAAAAAGUUUCAAGAGAAAAAUUAAAUGAUUAGCAGUUUAAAAUGUUACAUUAGCUAUACUUUUAUGUAGUGUUGUGACGAUGUACAAAUAGUAGAAUGUGUGAGUGACAGGGGGAAAUACAUACUGCUGGGACACAGAUACGGAAGUUAGUCAAAAUGUGAUUUGUUUUGAAUUCAAAUGAUUUGUGGGUUUGUUGAGUCAAUUAGACCAUGUCCAUUUCAUGCAAAAAAAUAAUGAUAUUUCAGAAUAUUUAGGCAUGUUAGCUGGCUAACUCAUUGAUCCUGCUUUGUGGUAUACCCCUGUGGAGGUUGACGUUUGUAUGGUUGAUUCAUCUGGCUCUACUAGCUCACAACCAUUAAUUAAAUCCUUAUGGUGUUUUUCCUAAGCCCCAUCAGAUGCAUUGAUAACAAGCUACCAUGUGGAGAGUCAUUUGUCUUGCACAUUGCUGUUGACAAAAUGUCAGUCCUUGAAUACACAAUGCUCUACAUUAGGUUUAUAGUGGACUCUCUCCACGGUCACUCUGAUUGGCAAAGUGAAUCUACGGAGGUCUAAUAGCCUGACCUUAUGUGAACUUUUGUGUUGGGUUUAACAACCACUAUUCUGUUCCUCUCUCUGCACUCCACCAUUGUACUUGAUUCAAUGGUAUUGGCAACAGGAAAUACCACCGUAUCUGAUCUGCAUUCUAUUUCAGGUUUCAGCCACGUUACCAUGUGGUCCUAAAAAGUCAAGUAAGGAAUCACUGUGGGUCCAAAAGACAUCUAUCCAACGAAUCCUAACAAAGUACAUAGUACCGACACAAAACUUGAAAUCUAAAUAGCCUAUUCCUGGGUUUAAGUUAUAUCUUACACCCACAAUCUAUUAUGAUUUAGCCUUUUCAGGUAAUCCUGAGUACUAUCCACAGAGGUAUGGGUUUAAAUAAUACUGAGUUUCAGUUAUGAUACUCUAACUGCAGCCUGCAUGGAGUUAUUGUAUGACCCCAAAUGGCACCCAAUUACCUACAGUUUCCUACUUUUAACCAGAAUCCUAUAGGGCCCUGGUAAAACAUAGUUCACUGCGUUGGGAUUAGGGUGCCAUUUUGGAAAGAAUUGAAAAAACAAAAAACGUUAUUGUCUUUGGCAUCAUCUCACAUCUGCUGCCAUGUUGUGUUGCUACCAUGUUGUUGUCAUGUGGUGUUACUACCAUGCUGUGUUGUCAUGUGUUGCUGCCAUGCUGUGUUGUUGUCUUAGGUCUCUCUUUAUGUAGUGUUGUCUCUCUUGUCUUGAUGUGUGUUUUUGUCCUAUUUUACCUCUUUUUUUUAUAUCCCCGUCCCCAUGGGAGGCCUUCAUUGUAAAUAAGAAUGAGUUUUUAGCUGCCUUUAAAGGUUCAAUAAAACAUUCCAAAUAAAGAAACAGUAUCACAUUCUCACAUCAGACACAUUUAAACCAGUCGGUCCAUCAUACACUAACAUAGAGGAUAUUGAUACAUUCACUCACAACUGACCGCUGCCCCAACUGCACUGGAUAGAUAGGUACAUAUACCAAUAUAAUUUACAUUGCAUUUAGUAGCUCAGUGGAGGCUCCGAGGAGGAGGAACGGGAGGACCAUCCUCCUCAGUGAACUUCUUAACUUUAAUGUUUCACAAUUGUAUUUUUAUCCUUUUUAAAUAAAACUAUAUUAAAUAUAUUCACAUGACACCAAAUAAUAGUUUCUGUCGUCCUCUGCGUACAUUGACUUCAAUAUACAACCUAGGAGGCUUUUGGUUCUCACACCCUUCUAUAGACUUACACAGUAAUUACGACAACUUCCAGAGGACGUCCUCCAACCAGAGCUCUUGUUGUUCACCCUACAGCUAGUUAGCACUGCAGUGCAUAAAAUGUGGUGAGUAGUCGACUCAAAGAGCGAAAGCCUAAACCUAUCGCUGUUACAUUGAACUGGGUGAAUGGAAUAUGAAUGGCAGUCAUCCAAUAUGCUGUAGUAGAAGUAAGGCCAUGCUCCUAAAAAAAACGGCACCGCCCUCCAGUGAAUCAGCAUCACACUUUCCAGGUCUAACAGUAUACACUGUCUGACGCAAGUCUAGAAACCUGUGUGUUUGGCUGUGCAGUAAUGGCCAUCCCCUACAGCAGUUUCCCCAAUCAGCUUUAUCCUUUUCCUUUUCCUCCUCGCCAGCUUCCCAGAUUUGGGGCUUGAUGACACGAGAUCCUCCAUGACUGACACAGGAUGUUCUCUCAUGGUGCUGCUGUUGUACAGAAUGGCUGAACCUGAGGGUAUUUCCACAGAGAUUCUGGAGCUUUUCCAUGUUUUUUGAUACAUUCACUGUUUUUCAGACCAAACAGAGCCCAUGUCUUAACCUGUGGCUGACACCUCUUCUUCCUCCUCCUCUACCUCCACCAGCUCUUCCUUCCUUCCCUCCUCAUCCUUCUCCUCCCUUCCACAUCAUUCUCCACCUCCUCCUCCUCCUCUUCCUUCACAGCCUCCUCUUCCUCGUCCUGUUGGUGUCUGGUGCUGUCCACAUGCUUGUCUGUGUUAUUUGGUUACGGUGGACUGGGAGGGGGGUUCUACUAGUGUGUGCUCUCUCUCGUUACAAAGCCUGUGGCCGUGUGCUGGUUGGAUGGCAGUUGGCUACGCAAGCACCCAUUCACCCCACUACCACACACAGCCCAUAUAUCCAUACUGCCUCCAGAUGUUUCCCAGUCCUUCUGUCCAUAAACAGAGACCAGAGAGGUCAGACACCAUAGAGGUCAGACACAGUGCCGCUGCUGAGGCCCUGGCCCCACGCACGUCACCUCACCCCACGCUGUUAGGGAAAACAAACGCUCCCACAAUGACCUGCCUGUUCUCUCAGACUCUCCUGUCGGUCUGUCUGUCUGUGUUUUGUCUGUGUUUGUGUUUGCUCCAGGCCCACAGGACACACCCUUUAAAAAAAAGUGUCUGUGUGUGUGUGUGUGUUUGCCCCAGACCCACCACACUACAGAACGUUAAGACCGGAAGCCUGUCACUAUCCUGAAGCAUCAUUCUGUCAGAGUCAAUCUUCUAAUUCUUCCGAGAAGAGGCUUUCUACCUGGAGGAUUGUGGAACUUGCUUUCCUUGGUCUGUUGUAUGUUAGAUGUAUUAUCAUACAAAGCCAGUUGAUCAUGUCGUGGAGGAUAAUCUCUCUCUCAUUCAUUCAUUCAUUCAUUCAUUCAUAAUGGAUGAGCCCAGUGUUGUCUUGUAUAUUAUAAAUAUAGCCUCUAUACUUAGCCUCUGGUGUGUGCAGAGGGGAGAGGUGCAUGUCCGACUCUGGCGGUGCAUCUUUGAGCUUCAUCACGCUACAUCCAUCUCUCUGCCACGAGGCCUGAUGAGACACUGCAGAACUAACAAAGACAUCCGGACCGUGACAGACACACUGCGGUAGAGAUGGACGGACGGCGGAGAGACAGACAGUGAUGCGUCUGGGAAGAAACUCAAAGACAAUGCAGUCAGUCAUUGUGGGACAGACCAGUAGGCAACAUCUAAGUCAUGCUCCGUCAGUCUGACCAAUGACAACUCUUUCAUCUUCAUUAUUCAUUGUUUUUACGUGAGGAAGGGUUGUCAACCAACUUGAGAAAAGGUGCAACCAAAAAAUAAAUGAGCUUAAGAAAGGAAAAUGCACAACUCGCAAUUCAAAACUUGACGUUUUUAAUUGUGACGGUUUCGGCCGUCCUUGGCCUACAUCUGUGGGAGGCAUGACUGGACUGUGUUGUGAUGAGCGUCUUCAGUUCAGAGCAGAAGACAUGCUGUGGUCCUCAGAGCAGAAGACACGCCGUGGUCCUCAGAGCAGAAGACACGCCGUGGUCCUCAGAGCAGAAGACACGCCGUGGUCCUCAGAGCAGAAGACACGCCGUGGUCCUCAGAGCAGAAGACACGCCGUGGUCCUCAGAGCAGAAGACACGCCGUGGUCCUCAGAGCAGAAGCUAAAUGAAGGAAAAGCAUCUGGUGAUGCAGCCUAAUGAGAAGCAGGUGUAUGAGAGAUGACACACACACACACACACACACACUCUUCAAUGAAGGGCCUUGAGGAAAGAAGUGCAUGUAAACACACUCAUCUCACAUAGUGAGUCCCCUGAGGGACACUAGCUAUAUUCAUAUUAAUACAAAUCACAUAAGCCAAUCUUAAACAUGUUGUAAACUCUGGAAGUAUGGUCUUAAAUGUCAAUUUGGUAUUGUUUUAUUGAUAUGCUGCAUGUUAAUGGGAGGUGCUAGUUCAGGCUGACCUGCUAAUGUUGGCCAGCGCCCACGGCCACACAGGCUUUUACUGGGAGCACAUUCAAUGACUGCAAACGUGUCUUUGAGUGUUUCUGUGGUGUUUGCGGUUAAAGUUUAAGAAAAAUGCAAAAUUCCUUCACAAGAUGGACAAUAAAGUUUGAAAACACAGAUAUGCUAAAAUAGUGUACUCUCAAUGCCCUGCUCAUAUAAAGUCAAGAUCUCCCACAAUACAGUUUGAUGGGAAAGCCCUGUCCUGGCUGCUAAGACAAUUACUAUAACAAUACACAGUACAUAUAGUAUUUAUUUGAUUUAGCAUCAACUGGGUGAGACCAAGGACCCAAGGCACAGAUAACAUCCACUGAUGUCAUUUCAACUAUGUGAAAAUGUGUGAAUCUGAGAGAGUUCGCCUAGGACUAGCGAGGUACUACGUGUGUGUCAGUCAAACAAUGAGGAACAAUUGGGAUUGGCAUUUCGGUUAACUUCCUGAUUAACUUCAUAAAAAUGGAAGUGAAACUCCAACCAUGGUAUUUGGGAGAGUGAGGACAUUGUUUGUAUUACAGGAGUGCACAAAUAACCCAAUAUUAAAACCUAUAUGGCUGCAGACAGAAACAUAUGCUAGCAAAACCGCUGGAAUCCAAAUGUGGUUAUAUACAUCCUAAAGGUAUCUAACAACAAGAGAGAUGGGGAGAAAGGGCCUUUUUAACAUGAGGAUGGUAUGACCAUAAUGCACCAGGUGUUUCUAGAUAAGACAGUGUGUGUAUAUGAGAGAGAGAGGUGGUGUGUGUGGGAGUUAGAUAAUGGCGGCAGGGGUAUGCUGUGUGCAGCCAGCCAGUCAGUCAGUCAUGGGAUGAACGAGUGAGACUUGUGUACCCACAGCUGCUUACUGGCUGGAGCCAGAACAGGGGGAGGAGUGUCUCUGCCCUGCCUGCUGCAGGGAGAGAGAGGUAGUUAGAGAGAGCAGAGCGUGAGAGAAACAAGACUGAAUCCGCUCCACAGAAGAGGGAGAGAGCAAGGGAAAGGGACAGAGAGAGAGGUUGGGGUCGCUGCAUCGGUAUGCCUGCUCCUCCUGCUCUCUCAUUUCCACUCCACACGCUGCUGCCUUUCUGAGUAGACCCAGACUCUGUUUGAAAUGCCAAUCACCUCCUUGAGGCUGCGCCUUCAUCUUCAUUCAUUUACAUUUAUUCUCACCUUUCCCUGCGUGAGGGAGACCGGGACUGCCUAAGACAUUCGUGGAGGAUCAUUUCUGCUGAAGUUGCUGGGAAGAAAUUCUGCUCUUUAGACGCGAUCCGCCUGCUCUUUCUGUGUUUGGAGAGGACACAAAGUCUCUGGAAACAUCGAACUCUAUAUCACCUGGAAUAUUUGAGAAUUUGUGACUGCAUUUUUUGGAGACAUACAGGAAUUCCUGUAAGCCAAGACGAUCAAACUUGUUGACAGUUUUCUAUAUUUUGUUGUCUAUGUCUUUUCUAAGGAGAGAACCAGAGGAGUAGAAGGAUAGUCAUAGUAUUUGUCCUCCGUCUGUAUGAUUGAACCGUCUGUGUCUGCACAGUGAGGGAUGCCCUGGGGGACUCCCAGAUCCUGGUCGUGGACGAGGGCUAGUCUUCACGUUGCUGCUGAUAUGGCAGAGGGUACACGGCUCCUCUCUCUCGGCCACCAGCCUGAUCUGCUGCUGAGCUAGGACUAGGACCAGGACUACCAGCCCCAGCCAAGCCCCCUGUCUCUGCGUCUAGGAUCAGACCAGACGAGGAUCUUUCUGGAGCCUCCUGCCCUCUGCCGGUUGAUCUGGUUUCAGACCAGGAGCUUUCAGAAGGCUCUCUGGCUGCAAGAUGAUGAACUCUUCCCUGGACCUGCUGGAGCUUGAGCUCCUCAACCUGAGCGGCCCUCCUUUCUGCCUCCUGGACGUGGGCUACAGCCAGAUCUUAAACACCUGUCUACUGGAGGUAGCCAUCAUCCUGCUGCUUACCGUCCUCAUCAUCUCUGGCAACCUGGUGGUGAUCUUUGUGUUCCACUGUGCUCCUCUUCUCCAGCACCACACAACCAGUGCCUUCAUCCAGACCAUGGCCUAUGCAGACCUGUUGGUGGGUGUCAGCUGCCUCAUCCCCUCCCUGUCCCUCCUCCACCACCUGAAAGGCCUGGACGAGGAGCUGACCUGUAAGGUGUUUGGUUACAUGGUUUCCGUGUUGAAGAGCGUUUCCAUGGCGUCGCUGGCGUGUGUUAGUGUGGACCGCUACAUGGCGAUAACACGGCCUCUGUCGUACGCUACCUUGGCAACGCCGUGCCGGAUCCGCGCGUGCAUCCUCCUCAUCUGGGUCUACUCCGCCCUUGUCUUCUUGCCCUCCUUCUUCGGCUGGGGGAAACCCGGCUACCACGGCGACGUGGUGGAGUGGUGCGCGGUGGAGUGGGAGACGAGGCCGCUCUUCACAUCGUUCAUUGUUGCGCUGCUCUACGCGCCAGCCGCCAUGACGGUCUGCUUCACCUAUGUCAACAUCUUCCGGAUCUGCCGGCAGCAUACGAGGGAGAUCAGCGAGCGCCGCGCCCGCUUCGGCCCACAGGAAGGCUCUCUGGGACAGGAUGGCCAGCCGCAGCAUGCGCCGGCGUGCACGGACAAACGCUACGCCAUGGUGCUGUUCCGCAUCACCAGCGUCUUCUACCUCCUCUGGCUUCCCUAUAUUCUGUAUUUCCUGCUGGAGAGCGCUGACAUCUACAGUCACCCUGCCGCCUCGUUCAUCACCACCUGGCUGGCUAUCAGCAACAGCUUCUUUAACUGUCUGAUCUAUAGUCUGUCCAACAGUGCCUUCAGGAAGGGUUUAAAACGCCUCUGUUUGUUCUGUGUGCAGCGCGUGGACAGUAAGAAGUCCUUCAGCCCCUCACCAGGGUACGGACAGGGGCCCAUCUGCACACGCUCCACAUGCCAUGUCUAGGAUCUCCCAGAGAGCCUUGUGGCGGUUGAGUCAGAGUAUCGUGUUGUUAUAGCACUAAGCAUGUCCCAUACUGAUGCUGAGCUAAAGGGAACAGGCUUCACAGGGAGUUGUGUCGCUGCAGAUGCUGCUGUUUCUCGACAGUUGAAGGUUUGUUGGAGGGUUGCGUCCCUGGCCACUGCUGCCACUGACGGGAUCGUCUCCAGGGCCUGAGAGCUGUGAGACCCGCUUGGGAAGUACAGCCAAGGCUCAGCCCCAGCCAUGAGAGAGGUGGGAGAGGUGGGAUGUGGAGUUACCCUAACCUUUGACUCCUGAUAUAGAUGACGGCGUUAUGGCUACGUUGUUUCAGCGGGUGAGAGUUGAGGUGACUGAAGACCUCCCUUCUGACAGUACUUGCCAAAAACACAAACUGUAAGAAGAACACAUGUUGUUUUAGGGGAGGGUUUUUUGCUGGGACUCUGUAUCUUCCUAGCAAUUUGUGAAACUAUUUGUAUUUGUGCUACAAUGUAUAGAAUGCAAAAAAGGACUCGCGUUACUUAAAGGUCCAAUGCAGUCAAAAUGAAGUUUUUCCUGUUCCAUUUCCAUUUUAGUAAUUUAGCAGGCGCACUUAUCUAGAGCAAAUUACAAUUAGCGGAUUCAUCUUAAGACAGCUAGGUGAGACAACAACACAUCACAGUCGUAUCAAGUACAUGUUUCCCUCAACAAAGUAUCUAUCAGCAAAGUCAGUGCCAGUAAAACACUGUGAGAGUUAUUUAAGAUGCUUUUCAAAGAGGUAGGGUUUCAGAAAGAUGGGCUGUCCUGACUUCAGGGGGAAGCUUGUUCCACCAUUGGGGUGCCAGGACAGAGAAGAGCUUUGACUGAGUUGAGUGGGAACGUCCCUCCCGUAGGGGUGGGAGAGCCAAGAGACCAGAGGUGGCAGAAUGGAGUGCUCAGGUUGGGAUGUAGGGAUGGAACAUAGCCUGACGUUAGGGAGGGGCAGUUCCCCUUGCUCCUCCGUAGGCAAGCACCAGGAUGCCAGUAGAGUGAGCGGAGGAGCGGGGUUACAAGGAGAACCUAGCAGGGUUGAGCCCCAGGCAGCCUGCAGCAUUUAUAAUCUACUACUAAUACAUUAAGGUACUUAAUUGUUACUCAGAAAUGAUUUGAUGCGAAUAUAAAAAUAGCUGCAUUGGGCCUUUAAAACAACGGAGAAACACUUGAUUGCUGCUUUCUUAUGCCUAGCUGAGUGGAGCUGUCAAUAACAACUUAUUUACAUGUUUGCCCUUGUGGUUUUUACAGAAACAGAUUAUUUACAACAUUGUGCGCUGAGGGGUGCAACAACCUCAAACUCUGAAGAGAAUCUUGUAGGUCUACAUCAUUUAUUUACAUCUGGGUUGUUCUGAGGCAGAGAAAGAGAGGACUUUGUUUAGGUGCUCAAACACCAGGAUUAUUAGUAAAGCCUGACCGAUAAUAUUGGCUAUUCCACCGAUAAACGAUGUUCAAUGAAUAGGGUGAAAAAAAAGAAUCUCAUGCUUUCCUGAAUGAUUGCGGCUGUUCCCAUGAAGUGUUAUUCAUUUCACAGUGUAAGAAAUCAACAUUUGAAGUGUAUUUCUUUAACGGCAAUUUAUGUGGAUAAGAGUAUAUCGGCAGAUAUAUCAGUACGUUUUGUCCCCCCAAAAAUCUGAAUCGUAUCGGAUCCCCGAAAAAACAUUGGUCGGGCUUUAAUUAGUAGUCUCAGUUGAACUAGUAACUACUGAGGGAUCAGCGUAAUCAUUGACUGGAUGACUCUUGUUUAGACAAACUUCCUCAUCAGAGCCUGUCUGGCUCUGUAACCAAACUACAUUGCACUUCACUUAUGAGGAGAAUGUGGUCGUUGUGUCAAAGCAGAAGGUUAUAGAGAAGUGAUUAAGCUCCAGAAUAGUUGAUCAUCUCCAAAGAUUUGCCCCACAUAUGUGAUCUGUUCUAGUCUAGGAGUGUCUGCUGCUAUACCGAUGGGGCUCUUAUGUUGUGGAGCACAGAGGGAGGGUUGGGAAUCAUUAAAUCAACCUCACAUCUGUCUUAACGUUAAUGAAAGUGAAUGUUGAUGGUGAGUACUGAGAAUGCUGUGAGCUGCUGUUAGCUGAGGAACAUUCUGCCUCUGGCUGGGUGUGGUAAACGUCUUGUCCGUCUGUCUGCCCCCCUACCUUUCUCCUCCUGCUCAUUACAUCACAGAAAGCCAGGGGGAUAAAGAGAGGGAGAAAGAGCAGAAUAGCAGCUGUGGAGUGAGAGAGAGCCCUAAGAUAAACAUUAUGGCCACAGUAAUACUGUGACACACACACACACACACACACACACACACACACACACACACACACACACACACACACACACACACACACACACACACACACACACACACAAGGUAAUGUGGGACGUUAAACAGUACCAACAGUACCACUGUAUGUCCAGACCCAGAUGCUACAAGACAUUUCACUUUUCUAGCCGGGGCCACAACACUACAGUAUAAAACAGGCUGGUUCAGACCAGUGUUUUUAAACUAAUGUUACUGGAUAUUUAUUAGACUUUUUCACAAGUUUUGGCUUCUUGUCACUUUUCUCUCUUUAGUACUCUGACAUUUGGGAGCAAAUAUACAACGGACACAGGGGCUUUAUUUUCCUAGUGGACCAAAGUUGAAUAUUUAUUGGAUUUUGUAUAUUUGAAGAAGAAAGAGACUGAAUAAGAGAUGGCAAGAAAAAGAAAGUGUGAUUCAGGUUGAUUACUUUCUUUUAUGGAUGUUUUCAUGUUAGGAAUUUUGCAGUGAUGAAGGUAUGGCCAGACAUUGAGGCUGCCUCUGCAAUGAAUCCAGUGUUCUGGGUACAGGCUCCAUCGAGGGGUUUUCAGAGUUGCCUGUACAGCAGUCCUAUCUGAAUUGAUUUAGUCUUUGAGGAGUUACGGUGUGACUAUUAAAAUGUAUUUAUAAAAAAAUAUUUCAAAGCUGUACGUAGUCUUUUAUGCAUGUUUUACUUACUGUAUAUAUUUGAUUGAAUUGUCACUUUUCGUAUUCAAAUCACAAACUGUUGUCAAACUGUCUAAAGUGUAAAUGCUUUUGGAGACGUACGUCUUCACGGCAAUGCUGUCAAAGGGCACAGUGCAAUACAUUCAGUCUUCCUCCAUUUUGUCAAUGUUUAAUUGAAGACAGAGAAUACACAAUAGAAAUAGUUAUUUUCUUCAUUUACCACUGAGUGUGUAUUGAAUAGGGCUGCCCCCGACUAAAAAUAAAUCUUGGUAGACCGAGAGUCAUCUGUUAUUUCGACCAAUUGAUUGGUUGAAAUUUUAAAACGUGCCGAGCUCAGACUGUGUUUAAAAAAAAUGUCAGUGAGUGACUGGGGGACUAGUAUCCGUUGUCUCUCUGUCCUCCAUGCUGCAGCGACCACCACAGAGCAUCAACAGUGUGAAUCGCGCUGUCCGUGUUGCUGAAGCUGCAACAUAAUGCCAGCAGCAUACCACCCUGCCAGCAGCAUACCACCCUGCCAGCAGCAUACCACCCUGCCAGUAGUAUAUCACCCUGCCAUCAGUAUACCACCCUGCCAUCAGUAUACCACCCUGCCAGCAGCAUACCACCCUGCCAGUAGUAUAUCACCCUGCCAGCAGUAUACCACCCUGCCAGCAGUAUACCACCCUGCCAGUAUUAUACCACCCUGCCAGCAGCAUAUCACCCUGCCAGUAGUAUACCACCCUGCCAGUAGUAUACCACCCUGCCAGCAGAAUACCACCCUGCCAGCAGAAUAUCACCCUGCCAGCAGCAUAUCACCCUGCCAGUAGUAUACCACCCUGCCAGCAGUAUACCACCCUGCCAGCAGUAUACCACCCUGCCAGCAGUAUACCACCCUGCCAGCAGUAUACCACCCUGCCAGUAGUAUACCACCCUGCCAGUAGUAUACCACCCUGCAAGUAGUAUAUCACCCUGCCAGCAGUCUACCACCCUGCCAGUAGUCUACCACCCUGCCAGUAGUAUAUCACCCUGCCAAUAGCAUACCACCCUGCCAACAGUCUACCACCCUGCCAGUAGUCUACCACCCUGCCAGUAGUAUACCACCAUGCCAGUAGUAUACCACCCUGCCAACAGUAUACCACCCUGCCAGUAGUAUACCACCCUGCAACCCACUGCUGGCUUGCCUCUGAAGCUAAGCAGGGUUGGUCCCUGGAUGGGAGACCAGAUGCUGCUGGAAGUUGUGUUGGAGGGCCAGUAAGACGCACUCUU